CUGGUCUCAAACGCAGAGCCACAUUCAGCCUGCCACUGCCAAGGAGAGCACUUCGCGUACCGGACUACCGAUUUGAAUAUUUUUUUAUUGUGAUUGAGAGUGAAACAAACAUCCCAAAAACCAUGCUGAAAUUUAUUCUUCCCUGCUUGGCCCUACUGGCUGUGAGUGGAGCUCUGAAGAUUCACGAUUACCACCAGGACCACGAAGAGUACGAGCACCACGAGCACCAUGAACAUCACGAGCCGGAACACGAGGAGACGGAGCUGCACCACGAGGUGGACCACAAGCACGCAACGUCGCACCAGAGUGUCAAGUUCCACCACUACCACGCCGUACCCGUCUACAUUAAGAAGGAGGACCAGCAUCUGGUGAAGAAGCCCAUCGAAAUCGGCGGCACCAAGCAGAAGCUUAAGAUCCUUCACCCAAAGAGCGAGCACAACCACAACCACGGGCUUGUGUUGGAGAACCACAGUGAGUCGCACGUCCACGAGCACGGACACUACGAGGAGCCAGUGCACCACUCGGAGCACUAUGAGCACUACUCUCACCACGAGUAGGAUUCGUAUUCGGAUUUGGAUUCGGAUAAGGACUCUGCACCCGAAUCGGGAAUGCCAAAUGAGCUAUAGAGUUUUUGUUAGCGUUAAAGACUUUUCUACAUAUGUUAAUUUUCUUUUAUUAAUAAAGCGUUCACAUAGAGUACGGUCCAAUUUAAGAAAUAUAUUAUUUUUUCUUAAAUAAAUGAAAGUUAUUUUAUA